GUAAGUCAGGCAACAAGCAGGGAAGCAGUCGACACCCUCAUUCCAUAAGGACUUACCUCCGUCAAUGCCCUCAGAACCGAAACAGUGAUUUUGUUAUCGCGAUCAACCUAACCUCGUGUCAGUCAAUGCCACUCUGCUAGCGAGAGCCACCCACCCACACCCACCUUUACGAAGCGCAGAGGACCAAAAGUAGUCGCAUUCUCAUCGAGAAAAUUUUUCAAGACCGCAGGUUUGAUAUACCUAGCGUUAUAGCAAUGUGAGAAGUGUACUCGCUGGAGCUGUGGUUCUUCUUUACCUUCCCUCCAGCACCUGAGUAAUAUAACGAGAGGUGGUCUGAGCCGACAUAGCAUCUAUCUGCCAGAAGCCUGCUCUGCAACGGGAAACUGAGACAUUGGACGACCUUGGACGACCACCAGACCGACUUUAUCUUUGCAAGAUGGCUGAACGCGAGCUGAAAGGGCAAAUCAGGGUGCAUGGGGCUUGGAUUAGCCGGUUUGCCUUUCGUGGCCACGCACAGUAUUCGACUGCAAGGCAUACCGAAGGCGUCUGGAUCCAAGACAGAUGCAUGAGCCAAGGCUUCGUGGCUCACCGGUUACCCUUGAACGUGCCUUGAGUCACUUACUCCUUGUUGCAGGAGACCCCUGUCCUGGUCGAUCUCUAGCCGUGGUGGCUUUCCAAGUCAAGUUCAGCCUGAUUGUCCACGCGGACGACUUCCCGGGGCGCCUCAGCGAUUGUUCACGUAGGCCACUCAGAUUAUGACCCUCCUGUCCCUCGGGGCGUCGAGCUUCUACUCCUGCAAGCACCACUCAUCCCAAGAUCUAGUCUUCGCACGCGGGUGAUUCACACGCCUGAGAUGUCGAAACGGUUUUCGGAUCUGCUAUUUCCACCUGGCCAUGAGCUGCGCCGAUUGCGGCGACCCAAAUCCGACUCCUCAGUGAGAUCAAGAUCCGUCCCUGACAUUCGUGGUGGCGUCCGCAACCACGACGAUGUUCGAGCAAGCCCCUUGAUCUGUGCCCAAGACUACGAGGACUCAAACGCAGUGGUUCCUGUCCAAAUUGAUGACCCGGAGGAAAUUUCACAACUGGACGGCAUUGGGCAUGACGCUGCAACAGCAGAGGAGAAAACUUGCGACAAACUUGCAGGAACCGCCCACUCGAGCGAUGCCACCGAAGGGGAUGCGAUCCUGCUUUCCAUGCAGAGGUCUCACAGCAGGCGGGGUUCCGAUGGGCAAAGCGACGCCGAGACGAUCGUUCCAAGGAGAAAUCUCACAGUUCUUGACGUCGCUUCUCUAAUACUUAACAAGAUGGUUGGCACCGGUAUUUUUACAACUCCGGGGGCCGUGUUAGCAUACACACGAUCAAAGCCUAUCAGCCUGGUGCUUUGGCUCGUUGGAGGUAUAUUCACGCUGCUGUUCAUCCUGGUUUACCUCGAGUUUGGCAGCGCCUUGCCUUUCAAUGGAGGUGAAUUGAUCUAUCUUGACGAGGUUUACCCUACUCCCGAACUCCUGUCGACUAUACUUUUUGCUGCAUUCUUCUUGUGCUUGGGGAACUCAUACGGAAACGCCGUCACAUUUUCCAAACAAACCAUUCUGGCAAGCGACCCCUCCGCUACCAAAAUGAGUGAUCUCGACACCAGACUCGUGAGGUUCAUUGCUGUCGCCGUGCUUUCGGUGGUCUGCCUUCUCCACUACUUCUCCAACCGGUUUGGGUUGUUCAUGAACAAGUUGUUUGCGAUAUUCAAGACGGUCCUAUUGCUUACAGUGUUUAUCGCUGGGAUGAAGGCGUCAACCAAAGAUGAAUCUGGCCUGGCAGACUUUGGCAAAACCCAUGGUAAAAGAAGUGCGGGAGAUGGCCUCUCUGCUAUGGUGCUCAUCUUCUACGCAUAUCAAGGAUGGGAAAAUGCAAAUUACGUUGCUGGGGAAAUCAGGGCUCCUUCAAAGACAUUGAGAAGAGGCGCUCUUCUGGCUGUCGGCUUGGUUACCUGCUUAUACCUCCUAGUGACUGCGGCAUAUUUUGUUGCUUGCGACUAUGCGACAAUCACAGACAAUGAUACCGAUCUUGGUAUCGCAAUUCUAUUCGCUCCAAGGGCAUUCGGUUCUUCUCUAGGCUUGAAGGUUUGCAUUGCGCUUUCAGCUUUUGGGAAUCUUCUUGCAGUCACCUUCACUAGUUCCAAAGUCAAGCAAGCCAUCGCGGUGCAGAGAAUCAUACCAUUUUACAAGUUCUUUCAGAAAGACAUCAACACGCCCAAGGGUGCACUUGUCCUGCAUUGGCUAUCUUCCACACUUCUCAUCAUCUUCUGCCCGGUCAGUGCUGAUGGCUACACGUUCGCAGUUGGCCUCUUCACGUACGGCCAUAUCAUCGUUGGAACAACGGUCGCACUGGGUCUGUAUCGACUCAAGGCACGAAUGCGGCAGACUUGGCCCGGAUGGCAACCCACGAUAUUCACGAACAAGCUCGUUCGCUGGACAUUGCCCCUGCUUUUCCUGGUGGGCAACCUCAUGAUUCUGAUCUUGGGAGCGAAGCCACGCAGCCCUGGAAAGAUAUCUCGUUUCUGGUGGCCAGCGACCUUCUUUCUGAUUAUCGCAGGCGGCGUACUAUACUGGGCUUGCUUGGUCGCCACGCAGAUUAAGAUCAGACAUCUCGGGAAAGAGACAACGAUAGGAGAAGUCAUCGGCUUCGAGGUCAAAAUCUACAAUGAAACGGACGAAAGGGUGCCUGCAAACAUGCAAGAAGCCAUCGUGCAAUCCCGACUCGACGGGUCAAGGCGAAGAGUCGGUUAUCAGUUCUCUGGGAUCUUCGCGAAGGCGGGCAAAUGGUACAGGCGGACGGCGGAUAACAUCAGCAGGUUCUUGUUUUGAGCAGGCUCACAGCGAAGGACAUGAUCGUACGAACGAGGAGUGUGAGUCUAUCGGCAACUGAAGAUGAGGAUGAAGAUGAAGAUGAAGAAGGAGAAAUAUCAGCCAUCCGGUAGCCCAUUCAAUAGCCCCCGUGCACGUGUCAACUGGCUUCACGACAGUCCCCGACUGGUGCAGUAACCACCCCACAGUACCUAUGUUGCACCUACCUUAUGUAGAUG